GUUGUUCAUUGCACUCGACUCUACAGUAAAAUCGGCAAAGAUGACCGGAUACAAAUUGGUAUACUUCAAUGUGAUGGGCCUGGCAGAACCCAUACGAUUUCUCCUCAGCUAUGGCGGCAUUGAUUUCGAGGACGUCCGCUUGGAUCAUUCCUCCGCCGAGUGGGUCAAUCUGAAGCCAAAGACCCCGUUCGGUCAGUUGCCCACGCUGGAAAUCGACGGCAAAGUUUACUCGCAAACGUUGCCUAUUUGCCAAUACUUGGCCAAACAAUUUAAUCUGCGGGGGAAAACCGAUUUGGACAACCUGCAAAUCGAUGCCAUCGCGAACGCUCUUCACGACUUCAGGAGACUCGUGAUAUCGUCCUACUAUAGAGAAACAGAUCCAAUUCUGAAGGCUAAGAAAAAAACGGAAGUUUUCACGCAAGUGAUACCGUCUUAUCUGAAAAAAUUGGAGGAACUGGCGAAGAACAAUGGUGGAUACUUAUACGGAGGAGAAUUGAGCUACGCGGACUUAUUCUUCGUCGCUAUUUCGGACGCGAUAAACACUGCUUACGAAUCUGACAUUACAAAGGAUAUUCUUCCGAAAAUCCAGGCGUGGGUGGAGAAAAGACCAAACUUGAAAUUUUAA